AUGGGAGCGUACUUGUCGGCACCUAAAACGAAUAAGGAGUCCCUGGAUGGAGGAAACUUAGAGCUAGACCCAAGCAGAUAUGGACUAUCAUGCAUGCAAGGAUGGAGGAAGAACAUGGAAGAUAGUCACAUAUGCUAUAACAAUCUGAAACUGAACGAAAUAGAGGAGGACGUAUCUAUUUAUGGAGUCUUCGAUGGACAUGGAGGACCAAAUGUGUCAAAAUGGAUUUCGUAUAAUUUCCGAAGGAUUUUUUUAAAAUGCAUAAAAGAAGCUAGUGAGGAAUUAACAAAGAAGAAUCUCCACGAGUCGCAAAAUUAUAAAUUAAAACUAAUAAAAUUAACCCUUGAAAAAACAUUUCUGAAAUUAGAUGAAGAAAUGCUACUCACGGAGAAUCAAGAAAAAUUAAAAAAAUAUAGCGUGCCAACACAAGAAAAUGAAGAAGAAUCAGACACAAGGGAAAAUUAUUUGUAUUCCAUGUUGAAUGACAUCAUAUCGAAAAAUAUCAGCAUCAAAGCUGUAGAGAAAGAUGGGAAGAGGUGCUUACAGGUUGUUUAUAAUAAGGAUGGAAAUCCAGUAGAAGAAGGCAAUGGAGAAUCUUCCACCACGCUAAACGAUGAGGAAAAUAGCAAAUCGCCUGACUUGUUAGGCAACACGGAUGGUAUAGUUAAGGAGGAGGAUGAAGAAGAGGACAACGAUGAAGAUGAAGAUGGGGAAAAGGAGACUGCCAAGGAAGAGGGAGCGAAAAAGGAGAGCUGCAAAGAUGGGAAUAACAAAACUUUAAAGAAAGACGACGAUUUCCCCGAAGAUUUAACUACCAGCGAUGGGGAAGAAAAAGCUGCAGUCAAGGGGGAAGUACAAAAGGGCAAAAAGGAGGAAAAAACGGAAGAGGGUCAGGAGAACAAAAGUGCAAGUAAGAAAGACAAAACAGGUGCAGAGGGAAAAAAUGAGGAAGCAAAUGUGGCAGAGGGUAAGUGUGAGAUGGACUCAAAUAAGGCUAUAUCAAGUGCUAGUGGCAGUGAAGGUAAAGGCAAGGCAAAAGACGAGGAUGGUAAGGAACACGUCGAUGGGUAUGCCGACGACGGCGAAAGUGCGGAAACGAAUACGAAGAGAUUGAAGAAGGGCAUGAAUAACGAGUACGCAAAGAGCGAAAAAGAGAGCAACAAGGAGGAAGACCUGAGCGAUGGCGGUAGUGGUAGCACAUGCGAACCGGUGGUUAAGGCCGAACUGACGUAUGAUAACCUAAAGUCCAUGGAGGAGGCAGCGGCCAAGGAAGCUAAAAAUAAUGGGGCAAACGGUAAUUUGCCUGGUUUUGACGAAAGCGCACUAAGGUUAUAUGAAAAAGGAAACAGUAGCACUGAGGAAGGAUUUUCCUACGACGAUGCUGUGACAAACGUAAUUGAUAACAACAUAAGUAGUAAUAACGACGCCAGUAACGAAGGAGACGAUUGCAAUGGAUUAUAUUCUUCUGACGAGUUACGCCUAUUUGAAAAUUAUUACUCAAAUGAUUAUGAAGAUAACAUAGCUUAUAGUUGCGGGUCGACAGCACUAGUAGCAGUUAUCCUUAAGGGGUAUCUGAUAGUGGCAAAUGCAGGAGAUUCUAGAGCCAUCGUUUGUUUUAAUGGCAACUCGUUAGGUAUGUCCACCGACCAUAAGCCACAUUUGCAAGAAGAAGAGGCCCGAAUUAAAAAGGCAGGGGGAUAUAUUUCUAAUGGAAGGGUAGAUGGAAAUUUAAAUUUGACAAGAGCUAUUGGUGAUUUGCACUAUAAAAGGGAUCCAUUUUUACCUCAGAAGGAUCAGAAAAUUUCUGCGUUCCCCGAAGUUACUUGUGUUACGUUAACUCCGGAAGAUGAAUUUUUAUUUCUUGCUUGUGAUGGCAUUUGGGAUUGUAAGGAUGGACAAGACGUGGUCGGAUUUGUAAAGACGAGACUUGAAAAAUUCGAAGAACCGACAAAUGAUGAAACUGUAAUUGACAACACAGACAAUGCUAAUGAAAAUGCCACAACGACUAUUACCACUAAUGAAAAUAUUGUUAACAGUAUGGGCAAUGAUGAAAAGGAUAAAUCGAACGAGUUGGAGCAAAAUGAAGCAAGCAAGGAGAACAAAAAUGCGGAAGGAGAUGAGGUGGUGGACUUACCAAUAGGUAAGAAGAAACACAACAAAGCGACUGCUAAAGGCAUGAGUAGCAACGAUGAAGAUGUUGAAAAUGGUAGUGAGAAAAAAACGACAAAGGAAGAAGGAGGCCUUUCUGAAGGUGCUCAUGGGGAAGACCACGACGAUGAUGAUGAGGAAGAGGAUGAGGAGGAGGACGAAGAAGAUGAAGAAAGCAUCAAUCAUAUGGGAGACCAUGAUGGAUUAGAAAUUGAUAGAUAUGAUGAGGACGACACGAAAUUCGAUUCCGCACCAGUUAUCGUCAGGAAGAAAUUCGAAAAGUUUAAUAAGCUUUCCCAAAUUUGUGAAGAAUUGUGUGAUGAGUGCUUGUCCAACAAUUACAAAGAGAAUGAUGGAAUUGGAUGCGAUAACAUGACGUGCCUGAUCGUUCAGUAUAACCCCAUUUAUAAAAUACACACAGAGAAGAAGUUUUUAAAUAUAGACGAAAUUGAGUAA